UUUGGGAUCUGUGUGUGGGGGAUGUAGUGUAAUGUUAUCUGCUUAGAAAAAAAAAAUCUGUUUCAAAGGCAUCCUCCAUGCAGAUUACCAAAUUUGUUCCACUUCUGCUUAUUAUAUGGAAGGUCUAUAUAAAAACACUAAACCUUAUGACCUCUGACUGUUGGAAAUGUUGUUCAACUCCUCUGUCAAGUCAGGCAUUUUCCAUGUAUUUUGAUAUACUUUAAUAAUGAGAGGGGAUAGAAACUGGGGGAGGGGGUUUAAUGAAAGCCACUGUGCUAGGAUAUAACCAGUCUUGUGAGGGUUUGGUACCACCUGCAGGCCAUCUUGGCAAUUUACAAGUAGUUUCCACAUUCAGCAAGGAGUGGAUUCUUGAAAUGUUCCAUAGUGCCAUGUGUUUCAAAGAUCUCCCAUCCCAUCCUCAAGAACACCUUUUUUGGUUACAAUUUCAUUUUCUUUGUGUAUACAACUAGUGUUAUGGCCCGCAAUUAAUUUCGAGGGAAGACUACUCAGGUGAAGUGGCAGCUCCCUGUCUUGCCUGAAGUUGACUGUUACUACAUCUUUUUGCUAAACCCCUCGGAGUACUACAAUUUUCUUCCCUUUGAGUUAACCAUUGGAAGGAAAGAGGGCAAUUGAUGGUCUUUAAGAGGACAAAUGUAAAUUGGGGAAGGGGGGCUCCAGUUGAUAGAUCUUUAGCAAAUAACUAGCAAAGCUCUUCAUAAUUACAUGCAUUCCAGCUUUUCUAAAGUGCUAUUUAUUUCCAGUUUAGAAGGAAAACUUGCCUUAAGGAAUGCUGAGGCUAAGAAAUAAAACUAAGGCUGCAGUCCCACACACUAACCUAUGUAUGGAAUCCUCUGCAAAGCAGAGGGACUGAAUAAAUAUGCUCAAAGCAAGACUGUGCUACACUUAGAACAAUACCACCUGCCUUUCCCACUUUGGCAUAUACUGAACCUGAAAGUGCAGGAAGGCAAACUGCAAUUUUAUUCCAGAGACUACAUAUCAGAAACGUGUGUUGCCAACCCAUUUUUGCUUUGCAAAAUGACAAACUGUGAGGAGGCUGGCAUAGCUUGUGAUCUGGGGAAGCAAGCUGCACACUUGUGAUUUAAUCAAACACAUUUUAUUGCUUGCCUUGGUCUACAAAAUAGGAUUAGUCAAGCACUUAUAAAAAACAAUUUAUGGCCUGCUUUAGAGAAGUUUCAGGCAUGAAUUGGGAAUGGACAAAAAACAGUUCUGGAAAAGCAACCAUAGGAACCAGUGCAGUAUAGCAAUUAGAAUACUGGAUGUGAGUCUCAAGAAAUCCAGGUUCUAGUUCCAUGAGGCUGGACCAGCCAUUGAUUCUCAGCCUAAGCUACCAUGCAGGCUUGUUAUGUGGAGGGUAGGUGGGCCAUGUAAACCAACUUGGAUAUCAUUUCUGGAGCUAUCAUUUUUUCCAGCCUCAGUGGGGCAUUAUCCGUUCACCCUGACCUUCCUUCAAAUAUGAGAUAGAUGGACUCCAUAAAGGAAGCCACAGCCUUGAAUUUACAACAGCUGAGUAGGGCUUUCAUGGAUAGGAAGGGUUUCGCUGACAGGGUUGCCAUAAGCCAGAGACAACAGCACAUAAGUUCCUCUUCUAAAAGGAGUCAGUGUUUUGCUCUCAUCUGUGCCCAGCAGGACUAGUUCACACAUGCACAUACACCAUUAAGAUUUCCACACAAGCUAUGAACAUGAGUGUGAACACUCAUUGACAGAAUCUGCACAGAGCAAGAUUUGAUGGAUAUCUAUUUAGCUCCUGUCCAGAGUGGGUCGUAAGGUACACCUGACCUGGAUCUCUGGGAAAGUUUCAGAAGCUUGGCAAGGGUUUCUGAUUCUUGAGUUGUUUAACCCAACUGAUAAGACUUUCUUUGCCUAAAUUUGGCUGCUGAAAUGAAGAGAGCAUGAGUGGGCCUUUGUGUGAAAGAGCUGUAACCAGUCAAGUUCUAGGCUCAAAAGUUGUUCAGAUAAUGUUUUCAUUUUAACAAUUCAGCCUUAUGUGUAUCUGCUCAGAUAAAAGCUCCAUUGAGUUCAGUGGGCCUUACUCCCAAGUAAAGGAGUGUAUGUCUUUUGCACUGGGCUCUAGUUGGUGGAACUUGUGACUCUCAUAGCAAGCAGAAAAAGGAAAAAGGAAAGCUUGAAGUCUGUACUCACCUUCUCUAUCCCAUUAGUGGAGCGACUGACCCUCAGGAGCUCAGUCUCUGCUCUGUAGCAUCAACUGGGAUCCAGUUUCCCUCUUGCUUUCUCCACACUCCCCCUGGUGCAUGCUGGGGAUGGCAAGCCAGGGAGAGGCGUCAUUGGAGAUAAUUUGCUGCUUGUAAUUGUUUCACCUGGUUGAGAUGGCAGCAUCUGAGCCACACGAUCUCUUUGUGGGGGAGAUGGGAGCUAAAGAGCCUCCAAACCUCCAUUUGCCUGGACCCCGGCUGGGACAAAGAGGCUGCAUGACAUGGCAUCAGGACACAGCAGGCAACUGGAUACAGAGGCGGCGGCUGGAAGUGGCAGGUGAGAGGGACCUGCAUAGGUUGGUGGUGUUGAUGCUGAUGAAAAGGGAUGGAGCAGAGCUGAUGGGGUGAGCAGAUGCUAAAAGCUACCAACUUAAGCAAAUCAAUGGCUAUUUUAGGUUGGAGCAUUCAAUCAUUUUUAAUGAGCACUGAAAUCGCUUCAGGAUAGUUUUAAGAAAAACUUCCUUUCCUGUGGCAUUGUGUUCAUACAUGUAUUUCCCCCCACACAUUUAGCUAAACAGGUUUCUUCAAAAACCUAUUUAGCAGAAGUGAAAAUGAAAUUAAUGUGCACAUCCUUUUUCAAACUACCUUUAACUCUCCUGGGGUGGGGGGCAGGGGGAGAAGCCACCAUCAUCUGUCUCUAGCCUUAGUAGUGGGAAGCCAACUUCAAGUGAGAGCUGAAGACACUUACAAAAGAGAGUGAGAGAGAUUAUUGUGUUCCUGAUGUCCUGCUGAAAUAGAAAAGGAAAAAAAUAAGAUGGGGCUUUCUCUCCUAACAAUCAGCAGAGUUCUGCUUAAGAAAUGGAAAACUAAUCACAUGGCACUAUUUCAAAAGGACACCACUACAGCAAUAUUGAGGCUUUUCUUACAUGUAUAUAUUAAUGUAAUGUAUCAGACAGACCAGCCAGAGGAAUGAGAGGCUACCCUGAAACCCACCCACUCUAUUUCAUCUCCCACCCACAAACACUCACCCCCAUUUCCUCUCCCUCAUUAGGAUUUCACAUGAGCUCUGGCUUUGGGCCAAGGCUCAGAUCCUGGCUUUGCAUCCCCCACCCCACGGCAAGGGACUCAAAACCUAUGGUGAGUGCCUAUUGAGGGCUCUGUGUGACACUUUCCAAAAAGCACUAGAAAUGAACCUCCCACUGCCACAGCCUUGGUGGGUUUCAUCACUUUCUUCCCUCUUCCUUCCAGCUGCAGCAUGCUCAGAAACCACUCGGUCUUGGCAUGCUAUCUCUUCACGGGCCACAAAUCCCAGCAAAGUGUCUCAGAACCAGGAACAGCUGCAUCGAGAGUUACUGUUCACACAUCGCAAAGGCCUGAACCUUCGUUCCAAGCCAGAGCUGCUGCAGGUUCUAGAGAAUCGGAACCGGCGCCGAGAUGGGAUGGAAAGUGACUUGGAACAAUCACCCCUGGAGCAGGAGCUUCUGCGUUGGCAGCAGAGACGAAAGCAGCAGCAUCAGCAGGAAGCCACAAGCAAUGCUGUUGGGAACCAGCCAGAGUUCAUUCGGAUCUAUCCUGUGCUAUCAAAGUGGAAUACAGCAAUUCCUGUUCCCUCUGCAGUGCUCUAUAUAUCUCCUAUAACUGUUGCAGAGGCCCAGAAAAUCUUCUGGAGCAGACUUUGAGGCUGCACGGAGGGCUACAGGAGGGAGGAGACAGGGAGAAAAUCCUGUUUUGCUAGUGGACAACCACUAGCAUGACACUGAAUUCAACCAAAUACGUAUAUGAAAUAUGAACCAGCAGAGAGCUCUGGCUAUUGGACAGCAUAGAAGUGAAAUGAAUAAAGUACACUCCUGCCAAUUUAGGACAAUAUCUAAUGCAUCUGAUAAAAAUGACUCUAGGCAGUGAAAGCUUAUACCAUAAUAAAUGCCACAAAAUUCA